AUGUCGUUCUUGGCCUCUUGGCCUAAGGUUCUUCUCAUCGGCGACUAUCACACGCCGCAGAGGAAGUCGGACGUGCCCUCUUGCUUCAAGGAGCUGCUAAACACCGACAAGAUCGGUGUGGUGCUGUGCACUGGGAAUGUUGGUUCCCAGUCCGUCGCCGAACAGCUGCGCAUGAUUGCCGGUGAGGACUGCCACAUCGUGUGCGGCGAUGCAGACCACGACUUCAACUUCCCUGAGACCUGCGUGACCUCCGUUGGCGAGUUCAAGGUGGGCGUUGUUCACGGGCAUCAAGUGGUGCCCUGGGGUGACAACAACUCUUUGGUCAAGUUCGCCGGCCGGCUGGGUGUUGACAUCCUCGUCACCGGGCACACGCACAGGAGCAGCAUCACGGAGCUCGGUGGCAAGUUCAUCAUCAACCCGGGCUCGGUGACGGGAGCCUGCAAUGCCUUGGCGGAGUUCGACGUGACGCCCUCCUUCAUGCUCAUGGCCGUCCAGGAGAAGUCUGUCGUCCUCUACACCUACGAGCUCAAGGAAGGUCAGACUGAGCCCGAAGUGAAGAUGAACGAAUUGAAGCGGUGA